AAGAGAGGAGCUUUUCUACACAGAGUGCUACAAGCCACCAUUUCUUUGUUACUCCUGAGGAAUGCAGGAGAGGAAAUCAAAGCUUUCUCUAUUCUCUUGGCAUCCUUCAGCUGGUUAUAUUGUUGCACUCUUAUGUAACAUAGCAUGGAUAUGCAUGCCACCACACCAGUACUCUUGAUCAGUGCUGGUGCUGAAGCGUGUUAGUCACAGAGACGAUCACACACUUGCAUGCAUACUUGCAAGCCACUAGGGUUUUUCUUACUCUAACACACUUGCACUCAGAUGCUCACAUGAACCGUAGCCAGCUCUGUGAUGCUAUCUCCCUGUAGUGGCAAUGCAGUUCUGCAAAGACUAUUUCUGCAAGCCUUGUAGCGCAGCCGUCACCUCCCCUCAGGAGGACAUGGAAUAUAGGAUGGGGAGCUGCAUCGGAGUCGCACACAACCAGACUGAAGUUCAUAGUGAGAAGAUCAGUCCUGAGGGGGAGAAAUCCACCAGCGCAGAGAAUGGAGUAGUCCAGACUGAAGUGCAAUCUCCAUUCCACAGUCUCAGUCCCGUGGCGGAGGAAGACACACAAACUCACGAGGACGGAAGCAGAAAAGAAGAGGAACUAGAGUUUCCCCAUGACCUGCUGCCCAGCAUAGAUCUGAGCACUGAGCUCAACCUCACCUGGGGAGCUUCAUUCAGCCAAAAUGGAGCAGCAGUUUCCAAAGAGAACGCAUCUCUUCUGCAACUCCAGUCAGCUGGAACGAUUCAGGAAAAUGCACCAUCACACCAGUCCUCAGCAACGCUGCUGGACCGUGAGCUCCAAGAAGCCAUUCAGGAAUGUGAGGAACAAAUAGCCUCAUUUGGCAUGUCCUCACACUCAAUCAGUUCAUGCAGUACAGAUCAGAUUGGCAGCCGUUUGUCAGAGGCCAUGUCUGCAACUGAUGAUGAGGAAAUCAAAGGUGCAAAAAUCAGGGAGGAUCCCAUGUCAUUUCCAAUUUUACUGGCAGACUCUCAAACAGGAUGUUACCAGAGUUGCCAUGGAGAUGUUGGAGCACAAGCUACUGAUUUAGCAUCUUUUACAGAGCAGCCUGUGUUUUGCUUUAGAGACUAUAUACUAGGGAAAACACAGCCAGAGCAGGCCACGGUUCAAUAUCCCAAAGAACACAGUGAGAAAUUGCUCAGUGAACCAAUGAAUGAAUUUCAGAUAAUGGCUGAAAGGGAAACAAACACUGACUCAACAAAAUCUGCAGAUAGAAAUGAACACUUAAUAGAACAUGAUUCAACAGCAGAGGCAGUUAAAGAAACUGAAUUAAAUGAAAUACAUGAAAUACAAGCACAGCCAGAAGAUGUCAGCUUAGUAGAUUUCAAAGACUCUGCAAAUGAGGAGGAUCAGACUAUAACAUAUCCUGUGGAAAAAACACCAGAACCUGGCACACAGAUUAUAACCACUACAGCCAUGGAUAAAACAUCACUAAAAGAAUUUAUAACAGAAAAUGUUUUUGAGUGCAAUUGGAAAGAGCUUAACACACAGCCAUUGCUGGAAUCAGAGAAGAAGGCACAAAGUAUUACUAAAACAAAGGCUCAGUCAGAAACAAACCCUGAUCUUAAAACUGAAGAAGAUAAUCAGAUUGAGUUGUUAGACAAAAUUGGACAGAUGGAGCUUCUCUGCUCUUUACCUCCAGAGUCUCUAUCUAAUCAGGCUCAUCUUACUCCACUGGAGGCAACAACUGCCCCCACACUGGACCAUCUACAGACAAUUAAACAACAGGAUAUCAGUAUUGGGAAAGAUGGAUCAUGUAAGUCAAUAUCAGAACAUGCAACCCUAAACUUAAACUCAACAAGGGAAGCUGAACAUGAGAAAUGUGUAAUUACGGUAUCUACUGGUUGCACUGUGAUUGAUUUUAGAGAUGUUAAAGGCAAAACACAUGAGCAUGAAAAGGGAUGCAGUUCAGAGGCAUGUCCACUGGAAAAGAAGGAGGUGGAGGAGGAGGAGAAUGUGUUUUUUAUUGGCAGUGAAGCUGGCACACACACAGUGGUGCGGGGGAAAUCACACUCUCUGAGCAGUACUGGUACUAAAGGGAUAAAGACGGAGGAGGAGAGUGCCCUUGAGGAGGCUUCAGCAUCAGCCGUUGAUUUCACACCACCACUGAUGACAUCCACGAUGCCCGAAAUGAGAGAAUGCGAGGGAGUCGGAGAGAAAGGAACUGGAGAUUUGGAAAGAGUGAAGAUGACAGAGAAAGGAUAUUUAGAUGAACCCACAGAAUUACAGGAAACAAAUAAAUCUUUGUGUUCUCAUGGAAAGCCGAAUAAAAUCAUUGCAGCAGAAGUGCACUCAUUUUCGCUAAGCUUUCCACAGACUAAUAACUCACCUGCAAAGGAUGCUAAGGAGGCAGAAGCAGCAUCUGAGGUGAGAUGGAGCAGCAAGAUGCUACAAAACUCUGAAGAGAAUGAAGAGAAUGAAGAGAAGGGAGGAGGUCUGUUAGUUGAUUGCUCCCUGGGGAUGGACUCUCUCUCUGCAGCUGGUGAGAAAGAGACAGGCACAGCCAGUGUUAGGGACAUGACUGUGGUCGCUGCCUCUACAACAGAGUUUAACGAUGGAUGUGAUUGGAAGAGAAAGAGCUCUGAGUCAUUGGAGAAGGGAGGAGAGGGAGGAACAGAGGAAGGGAGAGGAAAAGAAAGGGGUGGAGCAGAGACUUUAUACAGAGAGCAGGCACUGUCCUUGACAGAGGCUAAAUCUUAUCCGCUCCAUGACAACGGCCUGAAACUGGUGCCACCGCAGCAAAAGGAUGAACUUGUCACUUUGACCACAGCAGACAUAGCUAACACAGCCUUGCCUUUGUUGACCAACAACAAAACAACCGCCAGCAGCUUAUACAACCCAUCCUCUCCUGACUUCCUCCCAAACAGCACAGACACAGAGAGCGAGGAAGCAUCAGAGAUAAAGGAUCGUAAGAAUAAGAGUUUGAAUGCGUUGGAUGAAAAACAGCCAGACAGCAAUAAUUUACAUUUGACAGCUGCUUCAGCAAAUCUUACUGCGCAGACCAGCUAUCAACAGGUACAGAAUACUUCAUCGACUCAAAUUGAGAUUAGCAGCACCCAACAGAACAAGGCGGGGACAGCAAAAGACACAAGCUAUAAGACUGAAAACCAGCAUCUAUCAUCUACAUCUCAGCUGGACAAGUGGAGCACCACUGCAAGUUUUAAUAAGGUGAAUAAAGGAACCGGGGGCUCUCAAGAAGACAUGCCACGCCAGGUGACUGGGUUUGCCUCUCUGCCACCACUAACAUUUCAUGAGAAUCUGUGGCACCCAGUAAGUGAGUCAAGCUUUAACUUUCAGGGGUUAUUUGGCAACAAAAAACCAGACCCACCUCAAAAAACAGCUUAUACCACAUGCGAAAGCACCAGUGUGGCUAAGGUGAGAGAGGAAAACAUGACUGUGAAUGAAAAUCCUGAAAAGCAGAUUGAUGUAAAAAUAAUACAUGAUUUAAAAGAUAAAACUGCUAAUAAUCUUGCAAUGAGUGCUGAAGAGUUACUGAAGAAUGUGAGAACUAAUGAUCCUGACAAGACUCAAGAAAAGGAGGAAACUUUAAUAUUCACCCGAAGCACUCUGGAGCAUAAACCUCCAUUAGAAGAUACUAAUGAAAACAGAGUUAAACUUCAGGAUAAUGUUUUGGAAGAAAUUGGAAGUGAUAAGGUGAUAGGUCUUUCUGACCUUGUUCUUUCUAAUGAAGAUAGAAAUUCUGCAGUUGUGCUCACCACCAAAGAAGUGAACGAAAAAGUAGAUAAAUUAGGGGAAAGUGAUGUAAAGAAAUUUGUCAAGACCAUUUUCAGAACAUUCUGAGUGACAGUGUACAGGAGUCCAAGUUAGAGUCACAAGCUUCAGAAGGUGUUUCUCAGGAAUGCUGUAUAAAAUCUAAUGAACAACUAAUUUCUUGCACAGGAGAUG